AUGCCAACUGAUCCAAUCCGUUAUGUUACAAAAGUAGAUCUUACCAAGCCUGGUGAUCAACAACCACAGGUGCACAAUAGAUGGCACCCUGAUGUUCCAUUUUCUGAAACCAUCAAACCUGGAGAAACCGUUAAAAUUGAAUGCCUUGAUUGGACAGGAAACCAGAUUAAGAACAAUGAUACCGCUGACGAUAUUUUGAAUGUUGAUUUGACCAGAAUUCAUUACUUAUCUGGUCCAUUCAACAUUGAAGGUGCUGAACCAGGAGACGCUUUAGUGGUAGAGAUCAAAGAUGUGCAACCGUUAGAAAGACAGCCUUGGGGAUAUUGUGGUAUCUUUCACAAAAAAAAUGGCGGGGGUUUUUUAGAUAAGUUUUAUCCUGAGGCAGCCAAAGCAAUUUUUGAUUUAGAGGGAAUUCAUGCAACUUCUCGACACAUUCCACAUGUCAAGUUCACUGGAUUAAUACACCCAGGAAUCAUGGGUACUGCCCCUUCUGCAGAAGUAUUAAAAGAAUGGAAUAGUAGAGAAGCUGGAUUGAUCAAAGAAAUUCAACAUAAUCACGACACUGCCGUUGCAAACACCCCGUUAGAGACCAAUGCCCAUGCUGGUAGAGCUGAUUCUGAAUUAGCAGCAAAAAUUGCAAAAGAAGGGGCCAGAACAAUUCCAGGAAGACCUGAAAACGGUGGUAAUUGUGAUAUAAAGAAUCUUUCUCGUGGAUCCAAAUGCUAUUUUCCAGUUUACGUCCCUGGUGCAAAGUUUUCGGUAGGUGAUUUGCAUUUCUCACAGGGCGACGGGGAAAUCUCAUUUUGUGGCGCAAUUGAAAUGCCUGGUGUUAUCACGAUUCAAACCAGAAUUAUCAAGGGAGGGAUUGAAAAGUUAUCUUUAAAGAGUCCAAUUUUCAUUCCUGGGGAUGUUCAAAAUCAUUAUGGUCCGUCAAGAUAUUUGACAUUUGAAGGUUUUUCAGUGGAUGAAGAAGGAAAGCAACAGUUUUUAUGUGCUACUACUGCUUACAGACAGGCAUGUAUUCGAGCUAUAGAGUAUUUGAGAAAGUUUGGUUACAAUGAUUACCAGAUUUAUUUGUUGCUUUCUAGUGCUCCAGUUGAAGGGCAUGUUGCAGGAAUUGUUGAUGUUCCUAAUGCAUGUACCACAAUUGGAAUUCCAAUGGACAUUUUUGACUUUGAUAUUGGACCCGAAGGAGGCUUGAUAAAACAAGAUAUGAGAAAUUGCGCAUUAAUAGAAGGAGCAAAACAUAAAUUGAUAUAUGAGUAUAAAUAA